GCCUGCCCCGCAGCUGCGGGCUUGAAGGGAGCGGGCGUGCUCUCUGCGCCCCUCCGGAGGAUUAGGACCUCGACGCUGGGCGCCCGCUCAACCUAGCGCAGCCGCUCCACCACUCCAACUUUCUUUUUCCUUCCCCCUCUUCUUUUUUUUUUUUUUCCAUUUUCCCUUACCCCGAGCUACUUGUGGCUGGGGGUGGGGAGGCGGGGGCGGCCCCCCGCCCUCCGGCUCCUCUUCCAUCCGAUGGCUUCCAAUUUUAAUGACAUCGUCAAGCAAGGGUAUGUAAAGAUCAGGAGCCGCCGCUUAGGUAUAUAUCAACGAUGCUGGUUAGUAUUCAAGAAAGCUUCAAGCAAAGGUCCAAAAAGAUUGGAGAAAUUUUCAGAUGAGCGGGCUGCAUAUUUUAGGUGCUAUCACAAGGUCACAGAACUAAAUAAUGUGAAGAAUAUAUUACGGUUGCCAAAGAGCACAAAGAAACAUGCUAUAGGGAUUUAUUUCAGUGAUGACACCUCCAAGACUUUUGCUUGUGAUUCAGAGCUGGAGGCUGAUGAGUGGUGUAAAGUGCUGCAGAUGGAAUGCCUAGGAACUCGAAUCAAUGACAUCAGCCUUGGAGAGCCUGACUUGCUGGCUACGGGUGUGGAAAGGGAGCAAAAUGAGAGAUUCAAUGUGUAUUUGAUGCCAUCUCCUAACUUAGAUGUACAUGGGGAAUGUACCUUGCAGAUAACAUAUGAGCAUAUCUGUCUUUGGGACAUCCAGAAUCCCAGAGUAAAACUCAUCUCUUGGCCACUAAGUGCCCUACGGCGGUAUGGAAGAGAUCCAACUUGGUUUACAUUUGAGGCAGGAAGGAUGUGUGACACAGGGGAAGGACUCUUUAUCUUUCAAACAAGAGACGGAGAGGCCAUCUACCAAAAAGUUCACUCAGCCGCCUUGGCUAUUGCUGAACAACAUGAGCGCUUACUGCAAAGUGUGAAAAAUUCAAUGCUUCAGAUGAAAAUGAGUGAACGAGCCGUUUCUCUGAGUGCAAUGGUGCCCUUGCCUCGGAGUGUCUACUGGCAGCAUAUCACGAGGCAGCAUAGCACAGGACAGCUCUACAGCUUACAAGAUGUUUCAAGUCCAUUGAAACUUCAUCGGACAGAGACUUUUCCUGCCUACCAAUCCGAACACCGAUAAAGACUGAAAGGGGUUUUUUUAAACUCUUUUGAUUUCCAAAGCAUUGGGCCAACGAUGAGGAAACUAAAUCAAUGGAGAUAAAUGCAGCCAUUACGAAAAAGGAGGAUGAGGUAUUGGGAGAAUUUAGCUGCAGCUCUGUAGCUCUGCAAUAUCUUUUUUUUUUAACCUUAGCCAAAAUAAAAUAUGCUCUGUAGAUAGUAAAGAUCUGUUUCCUAUUUUACAACUGGACAGAAAAUAAUAAACAUUACUGGGUGAUUUUGUAUUAUAGAUACCAUGUCUCUCACAGUUGAAUUUGUCCUGUUUGGAUUCUUGUGGUUUCACUCUGGUCUGUUUUGAUCAUAUAAUGUCAAUACAUGGUUCUUAUUUGUUGUAUCUUGUACUUCUAAGUUACUAGUAUUACUGUUCAGGAUGGUAAUUUACAACGAGGUUUUAUUAAAUUAUGAAUGGUUUAAAUUAAUGACCUUAUUUACUCUUCUUAUAUAUUAAUGUUAAGACCAUUUUUCAAAUGAUGCAAUCAAAUAUGGUUUUUAGAGUUGUGCUUUUUUUAAAGCCACUAUUUACUUUGUUUAUAGUAUCUUCAUAGAAGGUUUAAAAAUAAAACAAAAAACAAAAAAACUCUCCAUCCAUAUGGACUUCUGCAUUUGAAGUGUUUUUUCCUUCAUACUUUCAGCUGAGCUGGAAUUUUGUGGGGUUUCUUUUCAUUCUGUUUCCUUGUUGGAUCUCUACCGAACUGCAAAGGGCCUCAGGUGUUAAGGGUUAUGAAAAUGCAAGGCUGAAUAGAGUGUAGCAACUCAAAUGGCCAUUAACUCAUUACCAUUUGCCAUGACCCCAAAAGUUGCUCUGACGCCAGCCCAAGUCUGGAAGGACUCAAGUAGUUUUCUGGCAAUUUAAACCCCCAAAUCAACACAGAUGCUCAAAUUGGGUAGAGUUCGGACUUGAUCUAGCCACCUGAUUUCCUUGCAAUCUAUUCAGCUGAGCCUAACUGAUCUACAAGAUCUGGAAUUUCUGAACUUUCUUCUGUCUGGAUCCACCACACCAAGUUCAAUCCUGUUCUGAAUUAGAUACAGAUACAGAGACAUGGGGAAAUUGCCAAUAACUUUGCUAUGUAUAAUUUUUGUGGUAAGCCUACAAAUGCCUAUCCGUGAAGAAAAAUAAAAAUCAAUCAGAAUUUUGUUUUCA